UUAGUUUCUACACGUGCAUAAUGCAUACAAGGAAAAAUUCCAACUUUGACGCGAAAGAGCUCAGCUGUCAAAAGAAUCAAAAACCAAUCUAAGAUCAGAACUAAAACUUUUGUUUGAUUCUUUUGUUGGGUUUUGAACAAUCACAUUAAUGAAUUCUAAAAAUCUUGUAAGGAGAGAAAAACAUACGUUGAAAGCGUUAGAAACCCUUGAAGAGGAUGAAGAGUACAACUGGAAAGAAGUUACGUUACCUUCAUUUAUUCCUGUGGUACCGAAACCAGAACUCGAUAGAGAAACAGGUGAAAGGAGGAGAGGCAGAGACAUUGUGGUAGCCAUUGAUCAUGGGCCUAACAGCAAACAUGCAUUUGAUUGGGCCUUGAUCCAUCUUUGCCGCCUGGCUGACACCAUUCAUCUUGUUCAUGCCAUCCUAGGUAUAUAUGUAAUUAACAAAAAUUAUCCUGUCAUCAGAAUUCGAUUGUGCCUAUGUAAGUAGUUUGUAUGGGUGCAUUUCAUUUUGGAUUAAAAUGUUGGGUUCUUGUAGAUAUGAAAAAUGUCCUUGUUUAUGAUACGACGGAGGGACUCCUGGAGAAGCUUGCAGUUGAGGCACUGCAGGUGGCAAUGGUCAAAACUGUGGCUCGUAUUGUAGAAGGGGAUCCAGGUAAAGUAAUCUGCCGGGAAGCAAACAGGUUAAAGCCAGCAGCUGUGGUCAUGGGCACUAGAGGCAGAGGCUUAAUCCAAAGUGUGCUGCAGGGUAGUGUGGGGGAGUAUUGCUUGCACAACUGUAAAGUGCCUGUCAUAAUCGUUCCUGGAAAAGCCGAGAGCGCACCGUUGAUGUAGUGGAAAUAGCAACAGCAGUCAAGAAAUUGCAAGUCAUGUGAUGGAAAAACAUAUUAUCAGAUAUGCAAUUAGUAAGUUUACUAUUAUUUACAAUACUCCUCGUUAGCAUACAUGAGUUUCUGGGGUGGGAAUGCAAGCCGAUCGAGUUGUAGUGUCGAUUGAUAGCUUGAAGCAGGAAAUCUUUUGUUCUUCAUCCUUUUCUAAGUGUUGUGUCCGUGCUAGGUUUAUUCAACUAACCUGCUGUUGCAAAAUUGUGGUAUUUGAUUAACUGGCUGCAGAAACUACUUCAUGCCAACAAUUGUGCUUUACAAGGAUCGUCAUUGUUAGUCUUCCCAUUUUUUAGCAACUUGGCCUGUUGUUCAAAAUAGCAAGCUUUACCUUUUCCCAAGUUUCAGAUUCUACACAAAACUUGGUUUGUCUCAGGAAUGGCGAUUGCAAUCGUAAUUAUGAUUCCUACACUGCAGACUUGGAUGGAUAGGACUUCUUCAGGUUAUUGUUUUACUAAUUUUGUGGUCUUGUUUGCCUUGGGCCUAAAAUAUUUAACAAAGAUAGAUUUCCCACCAUUAUAUAUUCCAUUCAAAUUCGAGCGCUGAUCACGCUUGCAUAGACCAAAUAUAUCAUGUUGCUUUGUCCAAAGAAUCAAAUAUUAGAUUUGUCUGGGCUAUUUUCAGGAUUCUGGUUACAAUGUAAGGGCAUAAACUUGGGAGAAUACUAGCUCGAAACAAUAUCUUUAGUGACGAACUAAAAUACACACACACUGCCAAAAGAAUCUUUGUGGGUUCUAGCUUUAUAUACCUUGGAAUUGCACUAUGUGAAAGGUGGAGAGAAACUUCAAAGAUUAUGAUGAGAAAAAAACUUCGAAGAAAGCAAAAAUGGGUCCAAGAAAGAGAAAAAGGCUAUAUCAUCUUUCACCAUCCAUAGAAAACAAAGAGAAUCAAAGAGAUCUUGCCUUCGGAUGAGGCCAGGCCCACCAAUUUCACUAUUCUAUAUGGCUUGAAAAUGAAGGCAGCCUGAGGCUCUUGAUAAUCGAAGAACAAGAGGUGCCGUGAAGGUGUAAGCAGUCUCUAGUGGUCCCCUGCGUAUUGCCCAAACCAACUCUGAAAGGCUCCUUUCUUAUUAAUUAAGAUUUGACUAUUAGGAGGUAUGUCUGUUGAUAAUGUGCAUUCAAGAAAUAAACUCUUCACAUAGGCGCAGAGCAAACAACUGCAUGUGAAAGUUCAAGCUUGCUAUUUCACAUUUUGGCCACCUAAACCAUUAAAAUGAUGUCAAGAUUGUAACUUCUUACCAAGAGAAGAAACGAGACGAUAAGCCAAUUUGAGCAUACUACAUUGCAAGUCUCCAAAUGAAAAUCU